GCGCGGUGAGUCAUGAAGGAGAAGAGCAAGAACGCGGCGCGCAGCCGACGGGAGAAGGAGAACUACGAGUUCGAGCAGCUGGGAAAGCUGCUGCCGCUGAGCUCGGCCAUUAGCAGCCAGCUGGACAAGGCCAGCAUCAUUCGGCAGACCAUCAGCUACCUGAAGCUGCACAAGAUGUACCCCAGCGGUCUGGGUGUCGCCUGGGGCUCGCUGGAGUCGGAAAGCAGAAUCAAAGAGCUGGGCUCUCUCCUUCUGCAGACGCUGGAGGGGUUCAUCUUCAUCGUGGCAUCGGACGGCAAGGUGAUCUACAUCUCGGAGACAGCUUCAGUGCAUCUCGGCCUGUCGCAGGUGGAGCUCACCGGCAACAUCAUCUACGAGUACAUCCACCCGGACGACCACGCCGAGAUGGCGGCCGUGCUGAACAUGCAGCCGGGCGUGCCUGCCAGCCAGGCCGGCGGCGCAGAUUUUGAGCUGGAGCGCAGCUUCAUCAUCCGUAUGAAAUGCGUGCUAGCAAAGCGAAACGCCGGUCUCACCACGUCGGGUUACAAGGCGAUCCACUGUAACGGCUACGCCAAGGUAAAGCUGAUGAGCCUGGACAGCGCGCUGUACAGCAGCUGCUACCAGGUGUAUGGCCUGGUGGCGGUGGGACACUCGCUGCCCUCCUCUGCCAUCACCGAGAUCAAGAUGUACACCAACACAUUCAUGUUCCGCGCCAGCCUGGACAUGAAACUCAUCUUCCUCGACGCCAGGGUGUUGGCGUUAACCGGCUAUGAACCGCAAGAUCUCAUAGAAAAGACCAUCUAUCAUUAUGUUCACGCGCAUGAUGUACAUAACUUGGCGCGAGCACACCGAACACUACUGUACAAAGGACAGGUGACGACCAAAUACUACCGAUUUCUGACCAAAGAUGGCGGCUGGGUGUGGCUGCAGAGCUACAUCACGAUCGUGCACAACAGCCGAUCAUCUCGGCCGCACUGCAUCGUCAGCGUCAACUACGUGCUCAGUGACCCGCAGCGGCCAAAGCAGCAGCUAGACAUCGGGCAGGCGGACGGCGGCCGGCCGGCGGGCGCCGAGAGCUGCUACGGCGCCCUUUACGCAGAUCCGAGCGGCUACGGCGCCGGCGGCUUCGGCGCCGACAAGAAGGCGGUCGACCAGCGCUUCGUGCUGCGACCCGAUUUGGCCAAUUACGCGUACGGCGCUUGUAACGAGGCGGCGCCGGCCGCCGAGCAGCGUGCGCCGCCGGCCUUCGAGCGUCACCCAGAGCUAUACGAGCGCGCGCCGGACGGGUACGACCGCGGCGCUGAUGUGUACGAGCGCGCCGCCGACGUGUACGGGUACGCGAAGGCGGCCGGAGAACUGCCGCACCUGGCCGACGUGGAGGCGCUCAACAACAACGCGCCUAAGGACUACUGCCCCUACUCGCAGCCGGCCGCCUACACCAGCGUGAUCGUGGAUGCGCAGCAUUACGCCGCCCAGAACCAGUACGUGCACUGACCGGGCGCGUUUGGGCCGCGUGUGGGGCGCGUCCGCACCGCCGGCGCCGA